AUGUUAAAUUUGGGGGAAAUUGUUCGUUGGAGUACGGUUGACAGCAGCCCGCAGGCCGGUUGGGAUUGGGUUAUGCACGGCCAUUGCACAAUCAAUUCUGGCGACGUGGUGCGUUUGUUCCGGAUCGGCCUGAGACUCCAGAGGCUCGCGGGUGAUGGCGACAUUGAUGCUGGCGAAGAAUGCAUGGAUGAAUUGCGAGCAGUUUUCAAACUCCGCCUUAACAUGCCCACCGCAGUAGGCUCGGGCAGAGCAGACGUCAGGUACAAGGCGCACGCAAUGUUGCAUGGCGAGCGGCUGACUGCGCCCAGUUGGCGAGCAGCGUGUUCGCUUUCAAACUCCAUGUUCACGCUCACAGGAGACCUUGGCACGGAGUCGCGCUUGAACAAAGUGCGAGCGCCGCUGUCGCGGUUCGUGGGCCCUUGGGCGGACGCAGAACACGAGGCUCCAGCGCCGGCGCAAGCCCCAGUCGCAUUUAACAUUGUGCCCGCCGAUGAUGACAGGGUGCCAGUGCCACCCCCGCCGCCGCAGCAGCCCCCGUCGCCAGCCCCAGCCGCGGCCGCAGCGGGCCCGCUGGCGGACCAAGCUGCGGAACCCAGUGCCGCGGGCGCGGUGAUAGACGAGAUGGUGGCGUUAGAGGGCGUGGAAGAUGAUGCAGCCACGGAUGCGGCCGAGCCGGGUGAGGUGGCAGCCCCCGCGGCGGGCAUCGUGCCCGUGCCGUGUUCGCCGGCCAGGGACCCCGCGGCUGCCCAGAACCUGUCUUUGGUGACUGGCUUGCGGCGGCUGGCACGCGUGGGCCUCCGGAAACAAGUGGAGAAGCAUUACCUGAAGCAGAAGAAGUACUUGUCCACGGUCUGCAAGGAGUGGCUGAAGCAGCUGGGGCCUGCCAAGUACAGGGUCCUCCGACAGCAGGGGACGGAACGCCCAGGCAGCUCCGAGUACGACAAGAUGAUCCCCAAGAACGGCUACUUCGAGUGCGCUGGGUGCGGCCACCCCUUGUACACCGCGAACGCGAAAUUCCAGUCCAGCUGCGGCUGGCCUUGCUUCGACCAGGUAGUGUACUCCAAGGAGGGCGGCUGCCACGUGGGGGUCAAGGACCACGGCGGCCAGUACGAGAUCGUGUGCAACAAUUGCGGGGGCCACCUCGGGCACGUCUUCUACGGCGAGCGGUGCACGGAGAAGAACGAGCGCCACUGA